AAAGUGGUCCUAGUUCUCUAUAUAACACCAUUUCUUCUCCUUCUUCCUUCUCCCUUUCUUUCGACAAACACAAACAAUUAUACUUCUUUUCUAACCCACAAGCCAUCAAUAGAAGUGAGCCUAUUCUUGGAUUUAUAUUUCUAAGAAUAUAUUUUUAAUAUAUCUUUUCAAAUCAAAAUGUCGUCAAGCAGAAGGUCGAGACAAGCAAGCUCAUCAUCAAGAAUUAGCGAUGAUCAGAUCGCUGAUCUCAUCUCAAAGCUCGGACAGUCCAUUCCGGAGAUUCGCCAGAACCGACGUUCUAGCACGGUAUCAGCGUCGAAAGUGUUACAAGAGACUUGCAACUACAUAAGAAACUUGAACAAGGAAGCCGAUGACCUCAGUGAUCGAUUGACGCAGCUUUUGGACACCAUUGAUCCUAACAGCCCACAAGCAGCCGUUAUUAGGAGCUUGAUUAAUGGAUAAUUAUUGAUUAGUUGUGCUUUAUAUAUUUGUGUGGGUCUCAUUGAGAGGUUGAUCCAUCAGGAUGAGCUUAAUUAUCUAUUAUAUGUAUCUUAUAUAUUAUUUACAAUCAUAGCUAGCUAGGGUUCAUAUUUGACCCUUUUUUUGAUUUAACGCCAUGCAUGCAACCAUUAAGCUUUAAUUAUAAUAAAUCAGA